AUGUCAUUUUCCAGUGAUUACUCCCUCAAGUCCGCACAAGGUGUCUCGCGCAGAAGUGCGUGUUCUGCAGGUGCCCGUUUCGUGGAAUUCAUUCGCUCACUCUUCCAAAAUAGCUCAGAAAAGUAUGCAAUAGCCCACAAGUAUUCUGCGUCCACCACAGCAGCAUCAUGUGUCUCAAAUUCCUUAAUGUCUGAACAUCGUCGACUUGUUUCUCCCGUUCGCUCCUCCUCUCAAUAUGAGUAUCUCUCGGAUGGAGGAAAAAAUUCAUCCGAGAUUUGCAAAAUAAUGGCUCUAAGCCGUACCCAGUUUGUUCUGCCCGGGUCUCCAUCCUCCGCACCACCACCACAUCCAUGCAAUUACACUAUUGAACAGUUCUACACUCCGCAACUCAAGCGAUCUAGUGCAAAACCGAUUAACAAUGAGGCUGCAGGACUGCAAGGCAUUCGGAUCGUUAAUUUGAAUGAGAGGUUGAUGCGUGCGCAUUCUCAUUACAGACCGGAGGAGAUAUAUGUGAUAAGGGCUGAGCCUAGACCUAUAUACUCGGAGAGUGUGGAGGUUGAUGUGUGUAGCGCGACUCCCGAACAACUACUAUCAUUACCCACAAGGUUUGACAAACGGAUAGUUUCAGUGGCAAAUAUCGCUGUGGAUGGUAUGCAUGCAGAUGCCGUAGAUAUCCGUCCGCAGAUCUCAAAUAUCACAGAGAAGAAAAUUUUGUUAAAGCGCCAAAAUUAUGAUAAGAGGGGACAGCAGGUCCAAGUAACGGAGGAAGACGAAUUAAAUCGACAGAUGAAAAUAAAGGAAAAGAUCGUAGCGGAGUGGGAGCACAGAUGGCACCUUGAUGAGCAAAGACUGGAGAGCAGUUUCUCCUCGCUUGCAACGAGGGAGGAACCGAUGAUAGUAAGUUGUUUGGCCGUGUCAUUUUGUUGCACCAACUCCUUUACCAUUUAG